AUGGCGAACGCACUAAAAAGUAUCGAAAAGGUUAUUAUCAUCGGAGGUGGUCCGGCCGGGCUGCUAGCGGCACUUCAACUCCACAACAGCAACGGGUUGUCGCCAGUGGUCUAUGAAAUCCGACAGAAACCAACCACCCUUGGCGGAGCCGUAGGCAUACCGUCCAAUGGCCUCCGUCUUCUGCAUCGCCUAGGUCUGUACGAUGAGGUCGUAGCCAAAGGCGCUUCUACGCCGAAGCUUGUCUUGCACGCUCUCAAAGGAUGUGUCAUGGGCGAGAUGGAUCUGGCGUCAUGGAGCAAGCAGCAAACCGGAUUCGGGUACUUGCGGAUCCUGCGAACCGACCUGAUGGACGUGCUGCUGCAUGCUGUCAAAAAAGCAGGCAUCCCGAUCCACUUCGCUAAAGCCAUCCAAAGCAUCGACGAAAGAGACAACAAGGUCACUGCAAGGUUCGCUGAUGGAACAAUGGACACGGGCGACUUCUUGCUCGGUUGCGACGGAAUACAUUCUUCGGUUCGCAGCCUGUACAUUGAUCCGGGCUGCACACCGGAGUACACCGGCUUCUCGAACAUGUAUUCCCUCAUUCCAACCGCGAGCGCUUCACCCGCCGCAUUGUCUAUUCGGACUCUCACAGCAACUCUUACAUCGAAUGGGCUCCUCGCAUUAACGCCUGCAACAGCGAACCGUGAUCUCCUAUACUGGUUCUUUUCGCGCGAGGUCCCCCUCCCGCCCGGAGGCGAUGUGCGUGACGGAUGGGAGGAGCGCGGCAGGACAGAAGCCGACAAUUUCAAAAACACCUUGCUCGAUCUUUUAGGGAAAGAGAAGUCGGAGUGGACUGAUAUGGUGCGGGAUAUCAUAUGGAACACCAAGUCUGUUCAAUUCUACCCGAUCUACAAGAUGCCAAGGAGGAGGCCGUGGUCCAGGGGACGUUGCCUUAUCAUUGGCGAUGCCGCUCAUGCGAUGCCGCCGCAUGCCAGUCAGGGAGUCUCCAUGGCACUCGAAGAUGUCUUUUUGUUUUCAAAGCUGUUGAAAAGCAACAUUUCUCACAUCGACGACGGUCUGCAGGCAUAUGAGAAGAAGCGCAAGGCUAGGACGGAGCAGAUGCUUGAUACAGCGGAACGAAACGGGUCGGUGCGUAAGCAGACGGCUCCAUGGCGUCUUCGAGCCAAUGAGCUAGCUAUUUCCGGGGGCUUGUGGGUUUACAAGAUAGCAGGCUUGGAGAAGUUGGGCCUGGGUCAGAAGCCUCUGGCUUAUGAUGUUGAGGAGGAAGAGUUUUAA